AUGGAGAAACGCCUGGUCACUUUAGAGUUUACAGGGGACGGCUUCGCCAUCGUGCGAAUGAGAAAUGGACAAAACCGUCUAAAUUCCACCUUUCUCGGUAGCCUUAACCAAGCAUUAGAUGAAGUAGAGAGAAAUAAGGAAUGCAAGGCGUUGAUUACAACAGGAGAGGGAAAGUUUUACAGUAACGGAAUCGAUCUGGACUGGUUGAUGGGUCAGGAUGGUGCAACCGUUGACAGAUUUAGCAAGACUCUUGAAAACACGUUGUGGAGGGUUAUGCAUUUCCCUCUACCGACAGUAGCGGCUAUAAACGGUCAUGCAUUUGCUGGUGGUGCGUUUUUGGCGAUGUCACACGACUAUCGAGUGAUGCGGUCAGAUAGGGGCUGGAUUUCUUGGAACGAGACUCAUCUCAAGAUGCGUUUUGGAGAUAUGCUGUUAGACCUUCUCAGUAAAAAGGUGCUUGCCAUGAAGUCUAUACGAGAGGCUGUGCUAUUUGGUAAACGGGUAACUGCCGGUGAAGCUAAAGAGCUGUUCCUUGUGGAUGCAAUGACAGACAUAUCCGACUUGAUACCUAAAGCCAAACAAAUGGCGUUUGAAGCACUUGGACCCAACGGCAUUGACAGGGACAUGUUACAACGCAUGAAGCAAGAUUUAUACGUCAGACCAUUAGGGAACAAGCCCUUCCUACCGGGAACAAAUGUAAAGGCGUCCAAAUUGUGAGAUAUACCUGUGAGAAGAAAUUUCAUUAUCGCAUCUGGUCACGGUUUGGGAAUAGUACAUGUGUUCCUCCCAGAUGCCCGUCUAAGCAGAACUGAGUGCCUUCGAUUACAUUAGGAAAUUCAGAUCAUUGACUCCAAUAACCUGUGAUACGUUAUAAUUCUAUUACAAUGUUUGUAAACAGACAUUAUGAUAUAUACCUGUAUGAGUUUUUGAGAACACCCCGAUUACAUUGCAUUGUCUGGUUAUAAUGAUGUUUGUCAGAAGAAAAUUAUCUGCAGUCUACCUGGUCUGAUGAAGACAUACAGGUUGUACUGCUCGCCAACGGGCUUUCCCUACUGCUUGUAACCACCUUGUACAGUCCAUUCUACAUGGUGGUUUAUUUACAUACUUGUGUUUUAAAAUCUAACUGAAAACAUACGGAUAUUAAAGAUCGGUGAUGAUGUUGGCCUUGACGUUGUUGACCAAUAGAGUCAACUAUAUGUAAGUGGGUGGGAUAUGUAGAAAUGGAAUUUGGAUAAUGACCGAGGCUUUGCCAAAAUUCUGAACACAAUGCAAUAUCAAAGGUUAGAAUAUUCAUGUAUAUGGUUGACCAUUUUCUCUUCCACCUUUUACGUGAAUGUUUGGUAAACACAAUGCUAAUACAAUGCUGAAUAUAUAAACUAAAGCCAUAGGAUACUGUACGUAUACUUUAAUUUAAUAACUCUGCAAUGUCUUCAUCUGGAGUUCAUGUGAUAAUUUAUAUUGAUCACGAUAUGGAGUGUAUCCCACAUAGGCAGAUGGGGAGAAUCCUCACUUCAGAAUAUAAUCAGAGGUUUCUCAACUCUGAAUGUGUCAGAUCCAACAACUUUCGAUCUUCAUGUAUGUCCAGAGUUUUGUUUUCCAUAGGAGAAAUUAUUUCAUAAUAUCUGUGAAUGAUAACUUUAUUUGAUUAAAAACCUUUGAUAUUGAUGAUGUACCAAAUUUUCUCCGCAAUAAUUUAUGCCUGAAAAAGAUGGAAAACGGGUAAUAUGUUUAAUAUAGUGAGAAUGAGUUUAAUUGUUACAAAGUGCAUGAUUUGUUUGCGAUUAUUAAUGUUUCUUUUGUAAGAACGAUCGAGCAUCUGAGCAUCUUAUUUAUUUGUACUAUAAAACGGUGUUCGAUGGUAAACCUGAUAGAAAAUGCCAUCCAUGUUAGAACUUUCCAAAUAGUAUUUUAUACAAUAUAUGUUGAUUUUAGAUUUAAGAAAA